CCUUUAACAGCCAAGAAACUCUAUGAUUUCCAAAAGCAACAAGAUAAAACGGGAAUCGUUUAUCUAUCACGUAUUCCACCGUUCAUGAAACCACUAAAAGUUCGGCAUCUAUUGGAAAAAUUUGGUAAAAUCGGACAUAUUUAUCUUGCACCAGAAGACCCAAAAACUAGAUUAAAGCGCAAAAAAUAUGGUGGAAAUAAAAAGAAAAAUUAUACAGAAGGAUGGGUUGAGUUUUUUGACAAGAAAGUGGCAAAGUCGGUUGCUGCAUUAUUAAAUUCGAAACCAAUAGGUAGACACAAAUUCAUCUUUAAAUGGAAUCAUUUGACUGAGCAAAUAGCAUACGAGAAUGCCUCAAGAGCACAGAGACUCCAAGCUGAAAUAUCACAAGCAAAACGAGAGAACAAGGAUUAUGUAAGGAAAGUUGAAAAAUCAAAAAUGAUCAAAAAUAUACAAGAAAAGAAACUCAAACGAAAAGUUACAAAUGCACCUCAUGAUAUGAAUUUUGAUGAUAACAAUGAUAAUAAUAAAGAUGACGAGCAUGAGGUGAUACGUCGUAGGUUUAAGCAACGGAGGUUAAUAUCUAAUGAAUUGAAUUUAGAAAUUGACCAUGAUAAUGUCUCGCAUACUAUUAGUAACAAUCUAACAAGAGAAAUUGACCCAGGAGUAAGUAAACUUUUAAAUCGAGUUUUUGGAAAAUAA